UUCAAAGAUAUCUUCAUUAAGGAAGGAAGGAAAUCUCAGACUCUCACAACACUUGGGACAGAGGAAGAGAGAAGAGUGGGGGAGGAACCAAAGAGAGAAAGUGACCUGAGGUGAAAAAAGGACCCCAGAAGACUGCAACAGCCGCUGACCUCUGGCCUUUCAAUCCACAAUGUCCGCCCUGAUGCACACGCUACUGACCCUCUGCCUGACCUUCAAACAGGGUGGUUGUACGUACUCUGGCAAUCACUGGGGCGAAUGGAGCGACUCUCAGCUGCAGCCGACAAUUCAGAAGCUGAUGAAAGGAUACAACCGCUACCUCAGGCCUAAUUUCAAUGAGGGUCCUGUGGAAAUUGGAAUGAGUCUAGACAUCGCCAGCAUUGACGCCAUCUCUGAAAUCAACAUGGACUACACUGCAACCAUCUUCCUCCGUCAGCGCUGGCGUGACUCCCGCCUGGUGUUCCCGGGGAAUGAGAGCGUCAGCGUGGACGGGCGCCUCGUGUCCCUGCUGUGGAUCCCUGACACCUUCAUCCCCGACUCCAAGCGCUCCUUCCUGCAUGACGUCACAGUGGAAAACCGCCUCAUCCGCAUCUUCAGCAACGGGACCGUUCUCUACGCCCUACGCAUCACAGCUACCAUCGCCUGCAACAUGGACCUGACCAAGUACCCCAUGGACAGACAGGUGUGCACCCUGCAGCUGGAGAGCU